AUGGCGUCUGUUGACAAAUGGCGCACAUGUUUGAAUGAGAAGAGUUUUUGUAAGAAAAUACGUGAGCAUAACGGGAAGGAGUCAAUCAGAAAGUCUAAAGCAGAGGCCAAAAGCUUGAUUGCAGUGAAUGACAAUGAUUUAUUCAUCUGGGACAAUGCAUCAUGUCAUUUUUAUUACUUCAAUUUGAACAAUUUGACAGGCGAAAACGAAAACAAAAAUCGUUUCCAGAUUCUCCAGUGUACAGACCCACCACAGUUUGACGUGGAAUGGCUGGUUUGGAAUAUUGCUCGGACACACCUUGCACUCUGGGGUCAGCUAGGUGUCACUGUCCUUGAACUACCGCAGAAAUGGGGCAAGUUUGCAGAGUUUCAGGGAGGCAAGGAUACUGUAGCUUGCAAAUGUGUAGCAGUGGGAGAGCACUAUUUCUCAAGCCAUACAGGAAUUAAGCUGCUGCAGGUCACUUGGCAUCCAGGUAGCUCCACGGACAGCCAUGUGGUGUUCCUAACAUCAGAUAACCUCAUUAGUAUUUACGACAUCGUAGACCCAGAGCGCCCUAGCCAGACCAUAUUCCUGGGGGAAACAGAAGCCAGCUACACCAGUCUCUCUGUGACACGCCCCUCAACUAGCUCAGCCCUAGGGGAUAAUGUUGUCGCAUUUGAUUUUGGCACACCCACAGAGCUUUACAAAAAGGCUGGGUCGGUACAAGGGGCCAAGGGGUCAGCAGGGCUGACAGUGUGGCCACUUUAUUGUGUCAAAGGCAGCGGAGAUGUGAUGGUGGCUUUCACUGAUUUGUCCUCAAAGCCCACCAAGCUUCCUGUACAGGGUGCGCUCUUGAUGUACCCGCCAGCGGAGGAUAACUAUGGGACCGAUGCAUGCUGUAUCUUGUAUCUGCCCACUACGCCCCCUGUUGUUGUCCUGGCAACGUGCGAGGGGCGUCUACACCACUGUGUGCUUCUGCCACGUGAACUGGACGAGACAACAUUGCAGUCGGAGAGCUCAUACCGUAGUUCUGUGGAGGAUGUGUGCUUAUACAGCCUGCCAGAAGAGCCACUGAUGUUUGUGACGGAGACAAUAGAGCUGGAACUCUCCCUCACUAUGCCUCAGUUCGGUGAUGAGCCCAGCAGUGAUGACAUCUUCACCUGUCCUGUCAGGCUCCUCAAAGAUACCUCGUCCCCGGAACGCUACCAUUGCUGCCAUGCUGCCGGCGUACACACUGUGGCCCUACCCUGGCUCCACAACUUCACAGAAUACUGCACAGCAGAGGAAGAUGGAAACAUUCUGCCUGCUCUUCAAGAGUCGAUAGUGGAACAUUUGAUUUGUACAAAACCCUUGCCAAGCAGUCCAUUCUCACCAGUUCUCGGCUUGGCCCAGGUGAAAGAUGCUAGCCUGGGGACCAUACUCCUGUGUCUAACAUCAGACUAUGAGUUCCAGUGUCUUAGGCUCAGCAAUGUGAGGUAUGCAAGUGGGGACAUCUCCCUGUCAUCUGUGUCCAGUAGUCGCUCAAUCCCAUCCCCCCUGAGGAAAAUCUCCCGGGAACCAUUUGACAACAGGAUCAGGAAAAUACUGCAGAGAAACACAUCAAACCCUCUUAUCAAAUCCCGUUCUAAGACAGAGUUGAGCCAGCAGGAAUGUUUCAAGCUGUUGACGCGGGCCACCCAGGUGUUCCAGGAAGAGUACUUACAGAAACAGGACCUGGCCAUGGGGGAAAUCAAACGCAGGGUGAGUAUCCUGAGCGACCAGAAAGAGCAACAGCGGUCGGAGCUGGGUUCACUACAGGGGUCGCGCAACGAGCUGUCAGAGAAUGCUGAACGCCUCGCAAACAUGUGCGAGGAAUGCAAGGAGAAACAGGAGGAUAUACUCAAACGUGUUGAGGGAGUGAUGAAGCGACUACAGUCGAGGAACCCAUUCCUAUCCGAGGCUGAGCGGACCAUGAAACGGGAACUGGAGAACAUCUAUGACAGGCUCGAGACCUAUGAACGCUCUCUAGAACAGUUGCGUGUGAAGAGAGAUUACCAGCAGCGUCAGAUCAAUAUGUCCCGUGGCUCCAACCAGGCCAGUCCUGUCAUCAAGAAGUCCCAGGUGGCUCAGCUUCGAGAUGUCCUCAAACAAGAGGGUGACGAGGUGUCAGACCUGAUGAAGAAGCUGAACCAGUUGAAAGUGGAUUCCGCAGUUUGACCUUGGUUGCCAUAGUUACAGGAACUCUAGAUUUCCUGGGAAUCGCUAUAAGUGCAAUUUGUUAGUUUUCAUUCAACCCAAAAUUGGGUAAACUUUAUCUCAAUCAUUGUAUUUAACAUUAAUACAUUGUGUCUAAGUGUGUUGACUGUUUUGAAGUGGUGCAUGUUCCAUGUGAAAGUUGAAACACUGGGACCACGUAUGCCCUUAAGGUUAGUGGAGUAAAAUUCAUAAUUGUUGGCCUUAAGCCACAUGGAAUCAAUGCCAUGGAAUUUUCUACAUGUAUAUUGUUAUAGCAGUGAUGAUGUGUAAUAUUUAAAAAAACUGUUUGAGAAUACAGAAUGGUUUGUGGUUGCUAUGUGUAAUUUGACAAUGGUGAAAUUAUGCAAGAUAUAAUAAAUUAUAUUUUUGCUACUAUUAUGUCACUUUUUUGUGCAAGUUAAUCAUGAUUUUGCCAUCAUUGUACAUAUUUUUGAAAAUCUGCAUUGAAUAAUAUGACUGAUUGAAUUGUUGUUAUUACUGAAUAAAAAAUAAACUUAA